AAAAAACAUAAGAAUAUAAGAUUCGACGUUGCAACCCUGGACGACGCGGAACAUUAUAAAUUUUUUAUCAACAAAAAUGGUUGUGCCAACUGUCAAACUCAACAAUGGUUGCACGAUUCCAAUAGUCGGAUUGGGUACUUGGAAGUCAAAGCCUGGCGAGGUGAAGCAAGCAGUUGUUGAAGCCAUCACUGCUGGCUACAGGCACAUUGACUGUGCCUUCGCUUAUGGAAACGAAGAAGAAGUCGGAGCAGGAAUCAAGCAGAAGAUUGACGAUGGCACUGUCACCAGGAAUGAUUUGUUCAUCACAAGCAAGGUGUGGAAUACAUUUCACAGCUUCAACAAGGUGGAAGAAGCUAUUCGACAAAGUCUGAAAAAUUUGGGGCUCGACUACCUGGACCUUUACCUCAUUCACUGGCCGAUGGGUUACCAAGAGAACACUGUGCUCUUUCCAAAAGAUGAUGAAGGGAAAUUUAUCUUCUCUGAUGUUGAUUACUUGGAAACGUGGAAAGGUUUAGAACACUGUGCAAAACUCGGUCUGACAAAAUCCAUCGGAAUGUCAAAUUUCAACAGCCUGCAGCUCAAGAGAAUUUUGGAAAAUGCAACAAUCAAACCGGUUGUGAAUCAGGUCGAGUGCCACCCAUACUUGAAUAACUCGAAACUCAUUCAAUUCUGCAAAGAGCACGACAUAGUCGUCACAGCUUACAGCCCACUAGGUUCACCCGACAGACCAUGGGCCAAGCCUGAAGAUCCCGUCAUUUUUGAAGACCCAAAAUUGAAAGAAUUGGCACAAAAGUACAACCGUUCGCCAGUUCAAAUCAUUUUGCGCUUUCAAACGCAGCGUGGUGUAGUAGUCAUUCCCAAAUCGGUUACCAAAGAACGUAUCGUUGAUAAUCUGGACUGUACCGAUUUCGAAUUGACUGAAGAGGAUGUCAAGUACAUCGAAACAUUCGAUUGCAAUGGACGAGUUUGCGCCCUUGAUUGGGUUAAAGAUCACCCAUUCUAUCCAUUCAACGUUGAAUUUUAAAACGAUAUUAUUGGAGGUUGUCGACAGUUGUUGGUUAUUAACUCAAAGAUUGUUAUUAUAAUGGGAUAGAAUUAGAAUUUGAUAAUUUUUUCAAUACAAAGGUUUAUGGAUUUGAUAUUCAAA